UUUCCUUCCUCAAACUUCACUCUUAGGCACUUCUCUCGUGACUAGGUUACAACUAUACACAAAAUGGCUUUUCGGCUUUAGACAGGCAGGGCUUUGGGGCAGGCUUUAACAAAAAAAAAGAACAAGGUAGCAAAGUAUCGAAAUCGAUCUGCCUUCGUCGCAUUCGUCGUUUCCCAAAUUUCGAUACGCAAAAGUUUGCGGCAAAGCUAAACUCUCUGCGCUUCGCACAUUUGCCCGCGUUCGAAUCGUUGUUCUUACCGUAGCUGUACUUUCGUGGUUACUACUUCCCGUUCGUUCGAGUGUUUUCUUAGCCGACAAAGGGGACAAAGCAAUCUAGCGUAUUAGGCAACUAGGCUUAGACAGGAUUUACUUCCCUAGUGAUCCACAUACCACCAAAUCGAUCAGUUUUUACUACUACUCUGACCCCUCUGAUGUUUAGGAACAGAAACAACGAACACUAGUCGUAUUAAUUAGGGCAACUGCUCGCCUCCCAAAACAAAAAAAAGCAAACCAAACCGGUAUGGAUGUGUUCAACAUACAGCCAAAUGCGUAUGCGUAUAGGACCGAAAGGGCACUGCUCACGGCUAAUGCGGUAAAAAAAAACAUGCAGCAAUAUUUAACACGUAUCGCAAAAUAAUUUAUGUUUCGUGUAUUUAUUAUUACACAGAUUAGGUUAAUGUAUUUAAAGUAAGCAAAAACCGAAAGGAAUCGGUUCGGAUGGUGUUCGUGCUAAGGUAAUAGUUUAACGAUUACAUCGAGUGAAUUAUUCUUAAGUUACGCUGUACAGCUUCUUAAAAGAUAUCGAACUUCGUAAUAUUAAAAUUAGAUUUAUAAAUGAUAAUUAUUGCCGUAGAUAAGCCGACAUGUUGGAGUUGUAAUAAAUUGGUCAAUGGUUUCCAUUCUUUUUAUGUUCUUUUUAUUUCUAUUCUGUACUAGCGUGCUUAUUCGGGUGCUCGCGUGCAAGAAAGAUAAUGCUUGUUGAUAGACGCUUAACUUAAUCUUUCUUAUUCUUAUCUGGCACUGCUUGCGAAAAAACAAAAACCUUCCCGCGGCAAAAAACCAAUAACGAGAGAAUGCUUCUAACACAGUAUCGCGCAACAGCUACACCUAAAGGGUGAUAAUUACCCAAGACUCUGCAGAUGUAAAAAAAAAAUCUUCAAUAAUUCAACUCUGAUGACAGCUGAGAGCAUUAGGAACUUUACGCAAAUUUCAUUGUUCCUGAAAAACUAAAAAAAAAUUAGACAUUAAAGUAUGCUCCACCGAAUCUAUGCCAUGUGCGUAAUAGUAUCAAAUUUAAAAUUUCGUUUGUGGAAAAUGUUCUGGUAGUUAAGGUUCGUUAAUACCCUAAGUAUUUCUAUUGAAGAGACUUACACAAUGUCACACCUCAAUCGGGUGAAGUUAACAAUGUCAAAAUUCAGUCAAGUGGGAUCAUGAUCCCCGAUCCCCCUGUCAGUAAUCAAAAUGUCAACCAGAAAGAAAACGUAGACCAUGCACACAUGGUCAAGGAUGCUUUGAUGAAGUGUUUGGGAGCCGUUCGGAUGGAGAUGCUCGACUUGCCAAAUGUUUACCAUCGUUCCCGUUCUUCGUGUGUGUGUGUGUAAACUCUUUCCUAUAUGUCUUUCUCUUUCUCUCUCUCUCUCUCUCUCUCCAAACACCAAAAUGUCCUGCCGCUGGGUGGGUUUUUUUUGAUCCAGUCGAAGACUCCAUCCGAACGUGCGCUUCCAAACGCAUCAAAGUGUGAAGUGAAGCAUACUUUGAUGUCACACUAUCGUUCCCCGAAAAUCGAAGACAUCUCCCACCCACCAACCCCCACGUGUGUGUGUUUAAGUGUGAGAAUGGGAAAAGAACGAAAGCUGCAUCGAAAGCGAAUGUAAACCGAUCGUAAGCUUCCGUACUUUUCUACACUCCAGAAGGUAGAGAAGGUGCUGCCAAACAGUGCUAAAGAACCUUCCGUUCUUUACGGUUCUUGUUCAAGUGGCCAAGUAAACACACCCGAGCGUUGAACAUUGAAAUUUGAUAGCAUUGAAGGAUCUAUGGAAGGAGAGACUCGAAGCACACACCCCGCACACAGGACAGGAUGAUUGUUUCCUGAGUGUGUGUCAAUGUAUGCUGUGAGAAGAAUGGAAUUUUUUGGGUGAAAAAUCUGGUGAAAAAAUACCGACCAGAGGAAAACAAAGAAAUUAAACACAUGAAGAAAUGUUUUACACGUGUCAAUGUGUUGUCAAGAAAUGUCGUGAGGUUAAAAAAAACAGGCAAGAAAACAGAAAUAUUAAAACGAAAAGAAAGAUCAAUACAUCAAGCGUUUAGAAACGUAAUGAUACAAUUUAAUUGUUGAGAAACCAUUUCGUUUAACAAUUUCGUUUCGUUUGUAGCUAGGGAUAGUAUUGAAGUAGCGACAAGUGAUCAUUUCACCCUUUCAGGGGAGAAAAAUUUAGUGUGUAAGCAGUUACUUUGACAAAGAUUAUCAGCACGAAACGGUACCGGACCGUGGUUCGUAUUAAAGUUUUCGAAAUGCAAAACAAAACAAAAAAAUGCAAACCGAUGCAAAAUUAGAAGUAGAUAGUGUUUAGCAAAUGGAUAGAAAUACCCCCCCAACGGACUCCGAUGCAAACAUUCGUUGUGAUCUCCUCCAGAAGAAUUUAUGAAAAGUUUAAUAUGUACGUGGUGCACGUGUAACGUGAUUGAUGAUGUUUUCGUUGUGGUUCAGUUUUUGUGUCCUUUUUUUUUGAAUACGCAUCAUUAAAAUAAGCUAGAUAGGGCAUGCGAAAUGAUGAAAUUAAAUACAAAACAAAUAAAUACCUAACUGUUUGUUUUUGUAACACGAAUGAUAGGAUUUUUCUUUUACUUUCAACUGCAUUUGUAAAAUCGAAGGCACGACAAAGGGCACGGAGAAAGGUAUCGAACAUGAUAACAUUGCUUAGUGUGUGGAGGUUGGAUAGAACAAAACAAAACAAAACCCAAGCAUACAACAAACCACAACCAAAUAUGUAUGAAUUCUGCGUGGUUAGAAUAGUUAUUACCCUUGUAAAGAGAAUAUAUUUAGCGGCGAGACGGCGUUAAUGUGAACGAAUACUCAAACAACAGCAACGGUUUAAUCACAAUGGCAAAACGUCUUGUAAUACAGCGGCGAAGGUUCAAGUAUGAUGAUCUCCCGGAAGUUAAUGAGUGUGCGUGUAUGUGUGUGUGAUUGUAAUACUAUUCACAAACUAAUUCGACCGUUAUACGAUCAAAACUUAUUCAUAGAAUUUAAAGUAAAGAAAGAUGCAAAAAAAAAACAAACCAAAAAACAAAAUCCUUCAAGUGUUGUGAACAACAGAUUAUAUUCAAAUCAUAGACAUUGCAAUACUUUAGCGACUUUAGGCGAGCCAGAGAGUUACGUAUGUAUACAUAUAUGGUAUUUGGUUAAGGAGUGAAGAAUAAAAAAAAAACAGAAGUGCGAAAGCAGCAAACUCAUUUAUACAAAUCACUAGUGUCAUCAACUUUUAUAGAUUGGAUGAAUUCAGGAAUACCUAUAAUCGAUGUUGUGUGUAAGCGUUAGUAUAGAAACAAAUGAAAUUGCAUAUGAAAAAAGCAUAAGAGUAUAAUGGGUAUAGAUUCGUACAGAAGUAAUAAGUAAGUAAACAAUCAGGAUGUGUUCGAAAAUGGUUAAAUAUAUUCAUUUUUUCUUUGGAAAAAUAAUUUCUAAAAACCUACGGGUUGAAAAAAGUUAACUAUUUUGAGAAGGUCAUAUGCUUAUGUCUACGACAUUGAUAAUGAGAUGAUUUACAGUGCGUAACGUUAGUAUAAGACCACGAGUUUUAUUGAGAACAAAAGAAAAGAUAGAAGAGAUUAAAACAUGCUAAUUUACAAGGAAAUAAACGAUGUAAUAUUAUUAUUUUUAGUUUUUCAUUCCAAUUUUGUCACAAAUAACAUUAUGUUUUUUAAUUAACAAAAUAAAAUUGUAUGAUUUUAAUAAAUAUUCUUUUUUAUUCAUUAUAUUCGUUAUAUUCAUUACUUAAAAGUUCUUUUUAAUGUUUCAUACAUUAUUUUAUACUUAUUCACGCCAUGCAAUUAUACUUUGUACAACAUUGUUUUUGCCUUCAAUUUUUUCUUUGAUUUUCAAAAAAUCAAAUGGCCCUUUAGUUAUGAUAUUAGCAAAUUGUAUCAGCUAUUGCACACCAGUUUAAUAAAAACCAAACAUUUGUUUACGAUGGAACAUUUCAGGGUAGAAUAGUAUCGGUAUAAAAAAGCGCAUUGUCGAUCGUGAUCAACGAGAUGCGAAAAAAUAGCUUACAAAACAUGGAAUCAACAAAUAGGAAUCAUUCCUUUCAACGUAUAAUUUCUGGCUUUGGUAUCUAUCAUCUAACGAAUUAAAGAAAAAAAACUAUAUUUCCCUUUCCCCCAGAAGCACUAUUCCGCUAUUUACAGCAAUAUCGGAAUCAGAAAUAUCGCAACAAGAAAAAAAAAACCUAAAACAACCCAAACAACAUGCAACAUGCUACAAAACGAGAAACAAUAAUUACCAUCUAGAGAUGUCAUUUAGUGAAAAAUAUACUCAUUUAUUGCUAUUUGUUUCCCAAAGCAGACAGAUAAAAAAACACAAGCUAUAACGAUCGGAUAGGAUGAAAUAAUAUACUGAGCUUUUGUGGAUACACUGUCCCUAAGGAAGAAUGUAAUGGAAUGCAAGAAGUAGACAGCAAUUACCCACCAACUAAUGAGUAAGAUACGUCGUAACGAAAUACCAAGAAGGUGACAAAGUUUGGAAUAGUGUAAGAAACUUUUAUAAAGUUUCGGUAGCCAUAUUGUUUUUGUGUAAGCUUUUCGUUCGCCAAACGUAUUGUCGUAACUAUCAAACCAUAUCGUGUGUGAAGCAAUUCAAUUUCUUGCGUAAAUUAAAACACAAAAAGCAAUAGUGAAAGGUAAAGCUUAAUUACGUAUCUUUUUUCGGUCAUAAGUGUUCUGUGGUAGGUUGUAAAACAUUGGGAAGUUACCUGUGUUUGAUUCUUGUUUUUACUGAUAAGAUUAAUUCUGAUUUCAAGUUGGAACAUUUAUUUAUUAAAUUGUUUCAACUCAACUGGUGACUGGAUAUGUUGCCCGUAAGCUGUAUGACCAAUUUGUCAGCUCAACGAAUUGUGAAUGAAUUGAACAGAAUCGAAACUAUUCACCGGGAAAACAAUCAUUAAUGGACGAAACCAUGGGACUCCACUGUGUUUGCGGCACUGUGAAAUGUGACUUAAGUAUUGUAUCACUCACAACAAAGCAUAAUUAACGAAGAUGCAAUAUGCACCGAAGAGGAGAUCCUUCGCAAAUGACAGUAUUUAAAUAGAAUAGCAACUAUCAAUGCAAAACAAAAAGCUACUAGAAUUGCAUUAGUGCAUCAAUAAAUGAUAUUCAAUCUUCUUCACAGUAUUUCGUACAUCUGACAUUGGCCUGUUCUUAAGAAGUUAUUCUAGAGAUAGUGUUAGUGGCGAUAAAAGGGAAGCAAAAUCCAAUUCACUUUGUAGUUUGAUUGGUACUUUACUCUUAAUGCAACCACUUCCUGGAGACUGUGUGUGUGUGUUUAAAGUCGGUGGACAUUGGGAAAGGACUAUUGGAUUUUUGGCAAACGAAAGAACUACACACACAGUUUAAUGUAACAAUUGGUGGUUGAAUAAACCAGAUACACUUUUCCAUGGUUGUUUCAUCUAAUACUAUAGCGGUAGGCCUUUUUCUAGACGUCGUGCUCUUCACUACUCAUUAGUGUUACGAUAAGUUUCUCGUUUACUUUUCCAGUGAAAACGAACAAAAAAACAUUUAGCGAGAAAACAAAACAAACCACUAAAUCGAAAUGCAUAUUUAGGCGUAUUUUUGUAUCCCAGAUCUGCCACGAUUUUUUAAUAGUUCUCUAAUGGUAAAAGAUGGUAAACCGCAAAAAAAUCAGUACUAUUCCUCAAACCACGUACGUGUGGUUGAUUGUGAAAUAAUUUGAAGCAACUAGAAAGACAAAAGGGAAAAUAAGGGAAGAAAUUGCAAAACUGUCAAAGGCGCUAAGGUGCGAAAGGAAGGAGAAAUAUCCAUUAUCAACGCAUCGAUAGAGUGACGUUUAAAUUUGCUGAAACUUACGCUAAAGUGAAACUAUUUAACCGAGAGCAUGCAGUGGAAACCCGUUGUGAAACCAUACCAUAGUGGUCAUAGAAUGGCAAGCAUUGUAAGCUGCAGUACCAAGCAAGAGGAAGUUUGCGUGUCGAAAACAUAGUCAACUCGAUGCAUCAGAACAGGAUUCAGCUGAAUCGUAAGAGAGAAAUGUAAAAAUAGAUAGACAUAUCAUUUAAAACUUGAAAGAAAACAAAAAGAACGAAUGGCGCAGGAUGAUACAUGAAUGUAACAGUACGACAACGGUCACCGACAGACAGUAAACACUGAAAUUAAGGAUAAGAAAAUGAUGAAAAACACAGUAACAAUACUAGUGACAUACUAUUCCUAUGAUACAUUUCUAAUCAAAAAACAAAAACUAUGUGCAAAAAACAUCAUUUGGUAUCAUCGAACUUGAAAAAAAGAAGGGUCAGCGUGACGAACAUAAGCAGGUUAUGUACGAAAACAAACCAAAAUGAUAAGCUAUGGCGUUUAUAGGAAAAACUUUAGCUGGCGCUAGGCGCAAUGCAGCAUCGUACGAAUGGCAACAAAUAGAAUGGAGAAAAAAACAAUGCGAUAGAUGAUAAAUGUUGUAAAAAGUCAUAACUCGUAGGGCCAAGCAGAACAACCAAGUAGACAAGGGAUAAUAAGCCGCAAAAAUGUAACUUGAAAUAUUAUCAAAUAAAAAUUCUUUAUUAUAAUUAUUAAA